GAGGGUGCAUUUUUCAGCACACCACCAUCCAGGGCGCGCUGCGGAGACAGGCGGGGUCCGGGCCGAGCAGACUUCUCUCACUCGUUUUUCUGGCGCGCUAAUGUUUAGUCUAUAGUGAACAUGGAUUUCGACGCCUUAAUUAACGAAAAUAACUUUCAUUUUUCGGACUUCCAAGAGUUCACGUUUCUUCCUGGACACCAAAAACUAACGGAACGAGUGAGAAAAAGACUGUACUAUGGCCUGGACAAAGAUGUUGCUUUAGACGCCCUUUCUUGUCCUGUUACAGAUAUUGCUGUUGAAUUCUUCCAGAAGUCUGCUCCAAGCCCAAUAAAAAAGCUCCAAAAGGAGUAUGCUGCUCAUGUGGCAAGGGAGGCAUGCAUCUCUCCGUGUGCCAUGAUGCUGGCUUUGGUUUACAUCGAAAGACUCCGACACAGAAACCCAGAAUACCUGCAGAAGAUCUCCUCGUCCGACCUAUUCCUGAUCUCAAUGAUGGUUGCCAGCAAGUACCUGUACGAUGAAGGUGAAGAGGAAGAGGUUUUCAACGAUGAGUGGGGAGCAGCUGGAAAAUUGGAUGUCCAAACUGUCAAUAACCUGGAGAUGAGUUUCCUGAACGCCAUUGAGUGGAGCCUCUUCACGGAGCCAAAAGACGUCUUUGACAUGCUAAGCCAGCUGGAAACCAGCAUUGCAAAACACCAGGGCAUGAAACGGGGCUGGUUCACCUACACGGACCUGUGCGUCCUCCUGGAGCACACUGCAUGGAGUCAAGCCCUAAUGGCAGUUUAUCAGCACUUUACAAAGGUCUCCUGUAUGCUUGGCCUGGUGUAUCUCACCAGUGUAGCGGGCCUCAUCGCCACCAGCGCUGUGCUGCAGCAGCUGGAUCUCUCCAGAGGAGACCAGUCUAUUGUUCUCCCAUCAGAAGAAAUCUGUUUCUCCCACAUCCCGACUUCCAACCUCAGCCCAGAAGCCGCUGUUGCUGCAGCCCGCCGCCCAUCCUGCUGUGUGCUGUCCAACAAGAGUCAGACUGGUUCACUAACUCCUGCACCUGUGUCUGCACAGACGUCUGUUUUCUUCUCUCUUCUGGCCUCUGUAGUUUAUAAACGUCCCGAACAAAAUCCCAAAAUGGAAUCCACCAAGUCCUGGUCUGCUUCCUCCGUCGUCUGCCCUGGCUGUCUUGGACCGCCGCCUCAUCUUCAGUGUCUUCUUCGAAACACCUCCACACUCCACAGCAACGGCCCCUUUAAAAACCACCCGCAGUUAUUGUCUCUGCCCUCCGGGGUUUUUGGAGCGGCAGAACUGAGUCAGAACUCUCCCUUUGGCCUCUUUGCACCUCUAAAUUUGCACUCAUGCUGUCCAGAGUUUCUGCUGCCUGGCGACAAAUACCAAGCUCUGCUGGUACCCGGCUAGACAUCCAGGUUUGCUAACGUCAGAUCUGCUCUGGAAUUGAUGGUUUUGCUUUUCCAGAUGUAGAUUAAAUGUAUGUUUCACUUUUCAGAGUGGAGGGAAAUGGUUUUGUGAUGCGAAAGAAGCUUAAGUUUUACUUUUAAUGCAGAUAUUUGGAGUUCAUGUGUUUUCAUUAGCAGCAACAAAACUUCAGGUUUAAAUUGGUCUUAUAGGAUGCUUCCGUCUUUGAAAACAACAGUCAUAUUCAAGCUGGAGGAGUGAGGGCUAAGUAUGUCAGUAUUUUUACGAAUUUGCUUUUAUAAUAAAGAGGGACGCAAUAUUUACAGCAUUUUUAUUUUACUCAUAAUUACACAAUUAGUACUUAUGAUUUUGGUCUAUCACCCACGAAAAGCACUGGUUUUCUUUUUGUUUGUCGUACAGAUUUUAUUUUUUCAGCUAAACUUGACUUGGAUUGUAACAUAGGAAGGUAUCACAAACAGGAAGUAGGUACUUGAUCGAAAGUUCUAUCACAGUGCAAUCUCUCAUUCAACAGUCCUAUUUUUGCUCCGAUAUUAAACAAAUUCGUUAUGUUUUUGUGUUGGCAGGAUGUUACACGGACAGGACUCGUUAGGCAUUUUUUGGGUUCAAGCUGGUUUCUGCGUUAAACGCUAACGGCAGGGUUCUUUUCUUGUUGCAUUUGCACACCUUGCUCCAUUUUCACCACCACUUUAUUUUUCAUGCUACUGCAUUGUCUCCUUGUGUUUGGAGCAUUUUUUUAAAAAUUCAUAUUUUUGGGGGGAAAUCUAGCAAGAAUGGGAAAAUGUUCAAACCUGGCAAACCACAUAUAAGUAUUUGAAUCUGAUACACUUUGGAGCACAAAUAUCUUUCAUUUUGUACAUGGUGAAAAAUGUGUAGAAACUGAAGGAAUAAAUGCUUUUCUUUAAACUGA